AUAGUUUUUUUUCUCUUUUGCUCUCCUAGUGGAUAUAUAUAUAUACAUAUCAUCAUCAUGCAACAACAACGACAAAAUAUCAUUCUAUAUCCUACACCUGAGACUCAUGAUAGCAUUCAUACAAAUGAUAAUCAUAGGAUACAUGGUACAUCCAGUACUCGAUCAAAGAGAUGGAAAGAGAAUAUCAAACGACCAUUGAAGGGAUUCUCAGGUUACUUCGCCCAAGCUUUUUGUUGUUUCUCUUGUCAGAUACGACAAAACCAAAAAAGUCAAGAUGGUGUUUCCUCAAUGAUGUGGCCCUGGCGCUGGCUGAAGAGAACAAAACGUAGUGAGAAAAGACUUGUUUGGUGCUUUCGAAGAGCGCUCGUGUCACCGUCUGUUCUACACAGUUUAUCCGCACAAGACACAUAUUGGACACGUUUUGAGCCAGUGAAUGAACGAAAGCUGACAAAGCAAUACAAUAUGUUUGUGAAUUCAAAUGCGACGGAUAGCAUUGAUAUUCAGGACAGAAAUAUCUUUGAUGGAACGGUCACUGUUCGAAUCAUAUUUCAAGAAGCUAUUGCGUUUGCUGUAGAUCCUGAAUGCUCUGAACCAAUCAAUUUCGAAAUUGUCUCUUAUCCCAAGGUAAACUGGUUGCAAAAAUGGCUCUAUGAUAAAGAGGCGCGGAGAAGGUGGCAUGAGGAAAGAAAAAAAACGUGAAAUUAAAAAAGUGGUAUGAUAUAUUGAUAUUACCACCUUUUCAGCACAAUAAAAUGUUUAUUUAUGCAUC